CUCCACUGACACUACAAAAACAAAACAAAAGAAAAACACUGUGAGAGAAGAUCAGAGAGAGAGAAAGACUGAAAGAGAGAGAGAGGAAAUGGAGAGCAGCGCAGUGUUAACAGGCCUUCAGCCAACCAAUUACCUUUCACGUAACACUUGUAAUCUCCUUCUUCCUCCUCUCUCCUUCUCCGCUUCUCAAAGGCAACAACAUUUCCUUCCUCCCCCUUCUCUCAAGCUUCAAAAGCCAAUUUCUUUAUCUUCUUGCAAUGUUAAUCAACCCCCUUCUCCUUUCACUCGUUAUGCUGUUUUAUCUAAUACUUUCAGCAACCAAAAGACUGAAUUGGCGGACAUAGACUGGGACAACCUUGGAUUCUCGUUUCUUCCUACUGAUUAUAUGUAUGUGAUGAAAUGUUCGCGGGAUGGAAACUUCUCUAAAGGUGAAUUACAGCGUUUCGGUAAUAUUGAGUUGAGCCCAUCAGCUGGUGUUUUGAAUUAUGGUCAGGGAUUAUUUGAAGGUCUGAAAGCGUACAGGAAAGAAGAUGGUAGUAUACUUUUAUUUCGACCUGAGGAAAAUGCACAGCGGAUGAGGAUGGGUGCUGAAAGGAUGUGCAUGCCAUCACCAUCAAUUGAACAGUUUGUGGAAGCUGUCAAGGCUACUGUUUUGGCGAACAAACGUUGGAUUCCCCCUCCUGGUAAAGGUUCUUUAUAUAUCAGGCCUUUGCUAAUGGGAAGUGGAGCUGUUCUUGGUCUUGCACCUGCUCCUGAGUAUACUUUUCUGAUUUAUGUAUCACCUGUUGGGAACUACUUUAAGGAAGGCGUAGCACCAAUACAUUUGAUUGUUGAGCAUGAAUUACAUCGUGCAACUCCUGGGGGUACUGGUGGUGUAAAAACUAUAGGAAACUAUGCUGCGGUUCUUAAGGCUCAAUCUGCUGCAAAGGCCAAAGGCUAUUCUGAUGUUCUUUACCUAGAUUGUGUUCACAAGCAAUACCUGGAGGAGGUUUCCUCUUGCAACAUUUUUGUUGUGAAGGAUAAAAUUAUCUCCACACCUGCAAUCAAGGGGACAAUCCUACCUGGCAUUACAAGAAAGAGCAUAAUUGAUGUUGCUCGUAGCCAAGGGUUUCAGGUUGAAGAGCGCCUUGUGACAGUUGAUGAAUUGCUUGAUGCUGAUGAAGUAUUUUGCACAGGAACAGCUGUGGUUGUAUCACCUGUGGGUAGCAUCACUUAUCGUGGUAAAAGGGUGGCGUAUGGAGAUGGCGGUGGUUUUGGUGUUGUCUCACAAGAACUAUAUUCCGUGCUUACCCAACUACAGAUGGGUCUUAUAGAGGACAAGAUGAGUUGGACCCUGGAGCUGAACUAGUCAUACUUGGUACAAAUUCUAGUUUGCAUUUUGAAUUCGGUAUUGCAGUUGCAGAUGAAAGAAACUCUUUUAAGUAUACAGUGGUGAUUACAAGUUUCUUUAGUUUGCUUUCUUGUCAAGUAGAGAUAAGUAUGUAUUCCAAAAAAUCAUGUUUGAUAUCUUCUUGUUUCUUUUUAAUUAUUAGUAGAAAUAACUUCCAUGGCACAAUUAUUCAUGUUCAUCUCAUAUAUUACACUCAGCUACAUCAUGGUGGCUGAAGAUAAUAUUAAGAGAAAGCUCAAGUGUGCACGUCUUAUUGUAAUUCAAAUAAAUGUAAAAAAAAAUCAAGUGAAUAUGGACUGCUAUUUGAUAGCAUAUCUGCAUAUAUAUAAUGAGCAAU